CAUCAUCAAACAGACCGCAGACCGACCGGAGCGGGGAGUAGAGGAGUGUACAACCGUGAACAUUUACACUAAAACCCUGGGAAAUAAUGCUUUUCUGUCCUCUUAUUCUGAUGGGGAUUUGGACCUGAGCUACUACGAUGAAAUAGCGUCGAAAGGAGCGCCUAAAUCACGGGGGAUAUUAAAGAAAAGGAGGAGAAAAGGUCGGUGGUUGUGAUGUUGUUCCGGCUUCCUCUGCUUAAAGACUGCAUUUCCCAUGGAGCAGUGCACCGACACGCACACUGUUGUACCAUGGAGCCACCAGUCAGGGUUUUGGACCCAAAGAGCCAGUGAGACAGAAGAAGACCUGAUAUUGUGAUAUCUCCCAUCAUCCCUCCUUCUCUCUCAACUCCUGCUGAGGACUAAAGACUUUUAUCAGGAGUUAUCAGAUCUCAGAACGCUCCAGACUUCAGAUUUCGGCUCGCUCUGGGCCCGGUUCAGGUCCAGCUUCAGUCUCAGGUUCUGCUGCAGGAUGGCAAGUCCAUCGCUAUGUUUGGCUGUCAUGGCUGCCGCUCUCCUGCUGACCCUCAGAGCAGACGCCGCAGGUCAGAACCCGGACCACGUCCUGCAGGGGACAGGGGUGAAACCCGGGGAGGACUCUACCAUCGCGCCCGAGGACGCCGCACGUUUCCUCAGCUGCUACUGCUCCGGACACUGUCCCGAGGACGCCACCAAUAACACCUGCCAAACCAAUGGUCAGUGUUUUGCUAUCAUCGAAGAGGACGAACACGGAGAGGCGAUCCUCACCUCCGGCUGCAUGAAGUAUGAAGGCUCACACUUCCAGUGCAAGGACUCUCCGAACGCUCAGACCCGGAGAACGAUCGAGUGCUGCAACACCGACUUCUGCAACAGAGACCUGCAGCCCACCCUCCCCCCUCAGCCCCCUGCCGAAGGCAGCCCCCACUGGCUGGCGUUCCUGAUCUCCAUGACGGUCUGCUGCUGCACGCUCAUCUGUGUCACCGUAGUCUGUUACUACAGGUACAAGUGGCAGAGCGAGCGUCAGCGGUACCACAAAGAUCUGGAACAGGAAGUCUUCAUCCCAGUUGGAGAGUCACUCAAAGACCUCAUCCACCAAUCACAGAGCUCGGGCAGUGGCUCGGGGCUUCCUCUGCUGGUGCAGCGGACAAUCGCAAAGCAGAUCCAGAUGGUGCGUCAGAUCGGGAAGGGUCGGUACGGCGAGGUGUGGCUCGGCCGCUGGAGGGGGGAGAAGGUGGCCGUCAAAGUGUUCUUCACCCGGGAGGAGGCCAGCUGGUUCAGGGAAACGGAGAUCUACCAGACGGUGCUGAUGAGACACGAAAACAUACUUGGCUUCAUCGCGGCCGACAUUAAAGGCACGGGCGCCUUCACGCAGCUCUUCCUCAUCACGGAUUACCACGAGAACGGCUCUCUGUACGACUUCCUGAAGCUCAGCACGUUGGACACGCAGACGCUGCUUCGCCUGGCAUACUCGGCCGCCUGCGGACUCUGCCACCUGCACACCGAGAUCUACGGCACGCAGGGCAAACCGGCCAUCGCUCACCGAGACCUGAAGAGCAAGAACAUCCUGAUCAAGAAGAACGGAGCCUGCUGCAUCGCAGACCUCGGCCUCGCCGUCAAGUUCAACAGCGACACUAACGAGGUGGACGUGCCCCUGAGCACGCGGGUCGGCACGCGGCGCUACAUGGCGCCGGAGGUUUUGGACGAGAGUCUGAACAAGAACCACUUCCAGGCGUACAUCAUGGCCGACAUGUACAGCUACGGCCUCAUCAUCUGGGAGAUGGCCCGACGCUGCAACACCGGAGGUAUUGUGGAGGACUACCAGCCCCCGUAUUAUGAGAUGGUUCCCUCCGACCCGUCGUAUGAAGACAUGCUGGAGGUCGUCUGUGUGAAAGGACUCCGGCCGACCCUGUCCAACCGCUGGAACAGUGACGAGUGUCUCCGGGCCAUGCUGAAGCUGAUGUCCGAGUGCUGGGCUCCGAACCCGGCCUCCCGCCUCACCAUCCUCAGAGUCAAGAAGACGCUCGCCAAGAUGGUGGAGUCGCAGGACAUCAAGAUCUGACCGUACUCCUCCUCCCCCUCCUCCUCAUCCUCCUUAAUAUCAGUGCAUCCCUCUUCAUCAGGAGGAGAGAGAUAAAAAUGGACCCAUUUCAGGGCUGAACUCUGUGUCUCCUCCUCCCCCUCCAUCGUCACUGUCUAGAAAAUGUGCUGUGUCUCAUUUUGGAUACCUCUCUUAGUACGCUGCCAUGUCGUACACUGGGAACACUUUGACCACAAGCAGUCAUGUGAAGUUACUCAUGGCCAGUGUUUGGUGUAACGCGUUACAAAAGUAACGGAGUUACAGUAAUGUAUUGCUUUUUGCUGUAACGCAGUCAUAUAACGCAUUACUUCUGAAAUGUGGGUAAUAUAAUACCCGUGACAAUUCACAGUUACACAGUUACAACACGUUUCAACCCGAAAUGAUGUGGUGCUUUGUUUUUAAGAAAUAACAAACAUCGCGAGACAUUCCGACACCAGAGGAACAAUUGUGCAGGUAGAAUAGUAACUCAGUAAGCCUGUUUACUAUUGGUUAAGAGGGCUGCAGAAACAGAUUCGCGAUUGAGAGCUGCUUGCUUGCAAUGGAGAGCUGCAGGCUCGGAGAAAAGAACAGGAAAACACGCGCAGGCCGAAGCAACAGAAAGUAACUUUCUCUCUCGGUCUGCUAUGCUGGUUGAACCCCGAGAAGUUCAGAGACUCAGUGUUGAAGAUCUGCAGCCUCUGUCUUCUGUGGAAUCACCGGCUUUUAGAAAGCUUGUCAGCCAAAUCCCCGUUAACACACCAAUGACAAGGUGAGCUAACGUUGCAUAGAGACUCGUUCAUAUACAGCAGGGCACAGGGCCGUGCAGAGGCUCCACUAACAUGUUAUUAAUGACACGGAGACGUCAUGUUACCGGUAUCACAUAUUAUUCAGCCCACUUAAACGGAGCAUGAGUUUAAUUUCAGCAUACUGCCAUAGAUAGCUUUAAUUAAUGAGCUGCAAUAAACUACAUUUGAGCAUUUAAAGCCAAACUUUAGAGGUUAUUUUGGUGAAAGUAGUGUAACGUAUUACACUUCAGAGACAGUAAUAAUGUAAUGUAACUUAUUACUUUAAAAAGACAGCAAUAAGUAAUAUGUACUGUAUUACAUUUUGGAAGUAACUUGCCCAUCACUGCUCAUGGCUGCUGUGACCUCAUUGGAAAGGAGGAUCACCGCAACUGUUAGCUGGAAAAAUUAUUAGGAAAAUAUGUGAAAUAAUUUGUGAAAAAUAACAUGAAUGUCUGAAAGAGUUUAAAUAGUUUCCAAAAAAAUCCUACAUUUAAGAAAAACUAAAAAUAAGUGAGAUGUAAAAAAAAAAGCUAGCUAAAUAAAAAUGGUUUGUGGUACUUUUAUUUUUGUUAAAGGGAAACAACUUUAUUAUCAGCAUGUUUUAGGAACUUUUCCUCACAUUUUACUUAAAUAUUUCUCAGUUUUUUACAUAAAUUAUUUCACAUAUCUUUAAUAUAUAAUACUUUCUCUUCACUAUCAAACAGCAAAUGUGUCAGGAUGACGCUGCCUGGUCAAAAUUCACUAAGUAAAAAGUGCUUGUAGCGUACGACUUGGCAUUGAAGCAAGGGAAGUAUCGGGAUAGAGACACAGCGCAAACACAAACAUGGAGUCCUUCCUCUUCUUCCUCCUCCUUCAGAAACAAACAUGGAGUCCCUCCUCCACCUCUUUCUGCCGGUGUGACGCUUUCCGUGAAAGCAAAACGAGACGAUAAAGAUAAUUUUGGCGGCGGGGGAAACGAUGCUCGAUAAUGAACAGAUUUUUUUUUUAAGGAGCUGCGUUGCCUUCCUCCUCUUAUGCCUGUUUAAACAGAAAUGCCAAUUUUUGUUUUGUUAUUAUUUUCUCUUCAGGACUGAGUUCUCCUGCCAUAUUGAAAUAUAUCUCCACUCUAAGAAAGUAGAGUUAAUUAUAAGUAAGAAAAAAAGGUACUAUUAUAAUAUGUGAAUUUUAAUGUGUAAAUAAGUGUUAUCAUUAGAUGCCAUGCCUACUCAUGAGAGGAAAGUAAAGAAAGAUAUCAGAACACUAUGCUGCAGUGGUGUUGACGUCCAGCCGACUCCAGGAGACGUCUACCGUCCUGUUUGUCCACUUCCUGUCUAACUGUCCACUUCCUGUUUGUCCGUCUGUCCACUUUCUGUCUGUCGAGAUGCCUGAUUGGUUGAGUUUAACCCGAGUGAGUGGAGCCAAAAGGACCCGCGUUCGGGGUCCAUUGAGAUUUGUUAGAUUCAAGACUUUUUUUAAAUGCCAAUUUGGUUUAAAGUUGUAAUGUACAACGUUUCCAUAUUAAGAUGUUUAGACAUGUUAUAUAAAAUACAGUUGAGUUGUCUGCUUACAUUAUCCGAAAUGUUUCAGAGACUCAAUCUGCAAAUCAGAUCUGCCCCAAAUUUGAUUGGGUUCAUCGUCUUCCCAUAAUGCACCUUUCCAGUGAGUUUUAUGAAAAUCGGUUUGGAAAAUUUCCAUUAUCCUGCUGACCGACAAACCAAAUUAAGCAGAUUUUCCCAUUCAUGUUGGCUCCUCCCACUUGGAUUUCAAAAAUAAGUUUCAUAGUUCCAUCGUUCUACAGCGUAAAUACUCAUUAUUUUAGCUGCAUUUUGGGAAAAAACGUCCCUCCUUUUAAGAAUAUUUGGGAAUGUGUUUAGCCUAGCUUAGCACAAAGAGUGGAAACAGGGGGAAACUGCUAGCAUGGCAGCAUAACAAGAAACACAUCUUCAAAUGUUUAUGUUUGAUCUGAUUUAUCGAGCUGUGGAAACAGAAAUCUCUUCAGCAGCAGAACGACUGUGUGUUUGAGAGAGAGUGUGAGAGUGUGUGUGAAUGAAACUUACAGUUCAUAUUUAAGAGCAGUAACUUUAGUGUUUUUCUCUGUAACAAAUAUGCAAGGAAACUCCCCGUAUAGAAAUAAUCUCUAAUAUGUAAAGCUGUAAUGUUUCUGUUGUUUUGGUGUUGUUGUUUUGUACAGCAUCUGGUUCGGUGCCUUAUGAGUUUACCAAGGAAAUGAAAACUCUGUAUACAGUCUGUCCAAUGUAACGAUUUUUAAGUAAAUAACCUUAUUUUAGUACACAAAAUGA